AUGGCGGACACAGCGGAUCUAUCCAAAAAAAUCAAAGAAUUAAAGGACAAAACGAAAGCUAUUUUAGAAAGCGAUGCAAAUUCAAACUUGCUCGUUGAUCUACUGGAACUUUCGGAGAGGGAGGAUGAAAAGCUCCUAGUCGCAUUUAUCAGAUCAGUACACAAAAUCUUCACAACGUUUUUUUGUCGUGGAAAGCUACAACCUCCUUCUAGCAUGGCGAAAGAAAGCGAAGAUCCUGGAGAUGUCUUUUGUUGCUGGCUGCACGAAAAGUAUUUGCUUACCUUGAAGCGGCUUUUGUAUCUGCUGAGUGUUGGAUCACAGAAUGUUGUGGAGUUUUCCUUAUGUACUUUAAUGAAGUUCAUUGUCGAAGAAGGCAAAUUAAUGAAGUGUUUCCCAAAUGAGCUAUUCAGGCAGAUUUGCGAUGCACUCUUUGAUGGACAACACAGCAUGAAAAACUGCAUUGAACGAUUUGCAGAGUUCUUAGAGUUUGACGAUGUAAGGUUUUAUGUGCUGAAAAAUCUUGGUAAAUUCCUGGGGAAUGUCUCCAACAGCACUGAGAAAUUUCUUGUGGAAAAUACCUUGACAAUGCUGAGCCUUGUAAAGAUGAAGAAAGAUGAAAACGAACUCAAUAAUUUUCUUACUGAUGUGAGAAAAAAGAAGAAGAAAAAGCAUGGCAAAAGUGGAAAACAAGAAGAAAGAUUUCUUGUUCUACAGGAGCAUAGAAGGGUGUUCAGCUCAGCAUGGCUUGGAUUUCUUUCAAUUCCAUUGACAUCAGAAGUUCACAAGAAGAUCCUGCUGAAUCUUCACACUGAUGUUUUGCCUCAUAUGACUGACCCAAAACUGCUGAUGGAUUUCCUGACCGAUUCCUAUAACACCGGAGGUGUUACAAGCCUACUUGCACUCAACAGUCUGUUUGUGCUGAUACACAAGCAUAACUUGGAAUACCCAGAUUUUUUCAAGAAGCUUUAUGCCUUGUUUGAGCCUAACAUCUUCUAUGUGAAGUAUCAAGCAAGAUUCUUUCACCUGGCUGAUCUGUUUUUGAUGUCAACUCAUCUUCCCUCCUACCUGGUUGCCGCUUUUGUAAAGCGUCUGUCGCGCCUCGCUCUCACUGCUCCUCCAUCAGGUGCAAUGUUGGCAAUCCCCUUUGUCUGCAAUUUAAUUAGACGGCAUCCAAGUGUACAAGUCCUCAUUCAUCAAAAGAAGGUAAGACAGAGAAAUUUUAUUUUGCUACUUUCCCUGUCUCCUUGCUUCCUGUCGUUUGGGACAUUUUAUAGGAGAGACUUCUGCACCUCAAUGACAGAAAUGCCAAAUUGAUUCGUAAAAUCUGUCCAGAAUCUAGUCAGGAGCUCUGAUUUGUUGAUGUAGUAAUUGUCAGGGUUUUCAUUAAUAAUCCUAGUAGCAGGAGAAAGGUGUAACGUUACCGGAGAACAUUUUGAAUGAGGCUCCACUUCUGAAUAAAAAAUUGUCAUAAGUUAUCCAAUGUUAGGUGGAGUAUUCUGCGGAGUACACAGAGAAUUCUCUAUCUCCAAUGCCCAAGGAACACCCUGAAUUGUAUUCUUUUAGCUAUGGCAUUUCUCUUGUUGAGGCACAGACUUCUACACAAAUUAAAUGUCCCUAGUACAAAGGAUGAAUGGAGCAAGACCUUAAGUGACUAUUCAGGUAUUGUCGAUAAUGCUCCUUAAUAAGUAGGUUGAGUAUGAUCAUCUCGGUGAAUGUAGUCCUGAAUAGGACUGUUCUUGUUGACGGUGACUGACAUUUAACCUGUGUGGUAGUCAUCUUCAGAGUCAAAGUGAGUUGUAUCACAUCAGUUGAUGGUAUUAAACUCUGGUUAUUGACCUGAUUGGUCAAUUAAAUCGUGAUGUUAUUGGUCGUCUGUCAGUGAAGCCAUGAUGUUAUUGGCUACGAAGACCUUUAAUGUCAUUGGUACUUUUCGAUCCGCCUAUUGUCACAGUUAUUUAUUGUCAGUCCAAUUGUCAGUUGUCCAGUUUAACAAGGAAACUCAGGGUAAUUCAUAAAGGGAACCAGUGUAUCAAAGUCAUGCAGGGCUUUUUUUCUAACACCUUUUUGGUAGACAUCUUGUCAGAAUGUAACCCAUCCUUUACAGAACAAAAAUACACAAAGAAAGAUACCGAGUUCAUUUUUUUUUUUAUUUUCUUAUUAUUAUUUUCAGAGCAGUUUUGGUGAUUUUUAGUAUCCUAUAGAGCAUUUUCAUAUUACAUCUCGCCCACCAUAUUAGUGUUCCAAAGUAGUGAAAACACAACCAUGUUGGUGUUCCAAACAAAUCUUGUGGGAGUUAAACCUUUUUCUCACAUUAAGAGUUUCUUUUCUUCCAAUAAAUUUGCGUAGUUGCUGGCCAUGUGAGUAAAAAGGCUCUAUUAACAGAACAUAAUAUUAAAAAUGAUGCACUUUCUAAAGACUGUACAUGACAGUACCCUGUACUGUGGACAUACCUAUUUGCGAGGGUUUUCCCACAGCUUCGCUUGUCUUCAGAUAGACAUAAGAGACUUGAAAAAACCACAAUGACAAGGUUGGUGUUCACAGAUUUAUUGGUUUGACAGUAAAUGGUCAGUCAGGUUCGAGCAAGAAUACCAGAUAUUCAAUACACCAUGCAUAGUUUUAAUGUAGACAUAAUAAUACUGUGGAACCCCACUCUACUUACAGCGCUUAAUUCAGACACCUGCAUACAUGUAUAACAGACAGUUUUGUUUGUCCCGACAAAGUGCUUACAUAUCUGUUCUAAAAUUAACGUGUUUUAUGAACACCUGUUGGUACAUGUAUGGACAAUGCACACUUUUUUCGUGUCCAGAGGCACAAAAUUCUCAAAUAUUGUCAACCCCGAUUUACUAACACUGGUUAUUUGUGCAAUAUCUAUUUUACUUGUCACAAUCAUGUGCUAAUUCUAGACAUUGUACACUGUUCAAAUAUUGACAGAUUUCUGUGGGUUAAUACAGUAGCAAAAAUUAAUAAUGUGGCAUGUUUGAUUUUGAUAAAAAAUCUGUCCCUUUUUCACGUUUGACUCUUGUACUGUAGCCAUUUGAUUACGUUUUCUGUCUUCAGUAUUAGGAUUAGCAGGAUUUGUUUAGUUGUAGAGCACUUGACUGCAGAGCAUUAGGUUGUGGGUUCGAUUACCGGGGCCAGCGGACCAAUACUCAGGGUCUUAAAAUAACUGAGAAGUGAAGGUACUCCCUUUGCCUUGCAGGCGGCUGGACCUUCGCAUGGCUCAGAUGACCACGUAAAAUGGCGGUCUCGUCUCCAGUUGGAGUCACUGGAGACGUAAAAAUAGUGUCUCCAAGUAGUACUUUCGUGCUAAAUACCUUGACACUCAAAGAAAAUGUUUUUUUUUUUAACUACACAUGCAAGUUUCACUUCCUCCGCUUUUUAGCUGAGGUCAUUGUAACUAUUGUAGCCUUCUUCCUCUCUUUCUGCUUUAGUCUGGUUAUCAAUACAACGUGUGUCUGUGACUUUUUUCGGAAAGCUUACAACAUGGCAACUGUCCCCUAGGUGUCCAUAGUAACCGGGUUCCACUGUAUCAUUUUGUCUUUAGUCAGGAAAGCUACUGCUUGAAGGUGACUCAGAAGAAGACAUUUCCGAUUCUCAAAAAGGUGAUCCUUUUAUUCCCGAUGAACCAGACCCUGCAAAAUGUAAUGCGCUGAAGAGUUCACUUUGGGAACUGAAAACUCUCCAAAGCCAUUAUUAUCCAGGAGUUUCAUCACUUGUGGAAAUGCUUCAGAAGCCACUCGGUACCAUGGAAACAGACAUCUCGCAGUAUUUUGAUGAGGAUUAUGAUCAACUGUUCCAGAAGCAAUGCAGAAAGAUUACGGCGGAAAAUGCAGUUUUGGAGUUUCAAGUUCCUAAGGGAUUAUUUAGUAAGGGCAUGUUAGAGAGCUGGGUCUUGGAGUAA